AAAAAAUCAAAUUAGUUUUCAAAUCUGUUUCAUUUUUGUAUUACAACUAAGGUUCAAUUCAUAUUGUACCUACAUCUUUUGGCAACAUGAAUUUCAAAAUGAAGACUUCUCUGCUAAUUUUUUUCAUCGCGAAGUAUGUUGUGUUGAUGAAAGCUUCUGAUUCACCCAGGAAUUACGAUAUCACAAAAGCUCUGAAUGAGUCCAUUAAUGGUAUACUUCAAAUGUCCGGUUGGGAUCAAGUAGGGAAAGCAUUUGAAGGAAGCUUCGGUCAUACAUGGAGCUAUGAAACAAAGAACGUUCGAAAAAUAAAAAUAGGCCUAUUUGGCGAUAAGAUCAAGUUUGAAAAACUCGAGUUUCUAUACCAUCCGGAAGCAUACUUUUUGUCAAUUCAUUGGACUUCUUCUGGAAAUACUACUCGAAUACAAUGCGGAAACGCGGAAUUUUUUUUAGACGGAUUAAUAUUCUUACAACCUAACGCGACGUAUGCUGAUGGUUACAUCUUCAAGAGUACCUCAAUCCAAAAUUUUUCGAUAACUGUAACCGAAUUAUCAACAGACCGGAAUAACAAAACAAAAACGCUUGAUAUAGACUACCAGGACGUCAUAGACUGGGAACAUACAAAGCUCCGAGGAUUUGAUCACGUGCCCAACCAAACAAGAGAAAAAAUCCUACUCGAGAUCGAUCUCAUGGUAUCAAAAUUAGUGCGUUAUUGCUUGACCCACAAUAAGAAAUUUAGGAACGCUUUGAAACACAGUUCGUUCAUUUACCCGAAACAGAACUUGAUAAGGGUUCAUCCUGAUUUCUCUCGAAACGAGCACAAAUAUUACUACUUGAUACCCAAGAUUUGUCUCAACGAAUACCAUUUGGAAAGUGUCGCGAUCCAAGGACUCUCAAAUUUCGAAUCAUUCAACGGCACUUCUCUGCACGUGAAGGACAUUCAUGGGUUUAUGGCUUUUUACCUUCAUGAGAUGCCAAUAGUGUACACGAUUUUUGAGAUAGAUCAUCUUUUCGUGAGCUUCGAUCGUGAAAAUCGAAGUAUAACUGUGGACGCGCAAAAGUACAAAAUCAGACAAUUUGAUUUCGGAGAUUCACCCUCCAAAUACAAAGCGUUAAUAUCGUAUUGGUUGGAUGAAUUUUCGUCAGUCUUGAUGCGACAUAUCGAAUCAGCUAUAGCGAAAUCGAUAAUGCCAUCUAUGAAAGAAGCAAAUUGGGAAAAAAAUGAACCAUGUUUAAAGACAUGCGCAGAACGCAUGGAGAAUUCACUCGGAAGAAUACAGCAAUUCGUCAAAUACGAGAGAGAUCAUUCUGAUUGAAACAAGGUAUUUUGGAGCAGCCCAAUUGAAAGAUUUUGAAAACUUCCAGUAACAUCAGAUUUUUCAGAAGGGACAGAGAGGAAAUCAUUUGAAAAAGUCAACAGAAAGUUCAAAAUGAAGAAUAAAUGAAAACUUCAACAGUAUCCUUUAACUUUAAUUGCAAAUUGUGAAAUGGCGUCGAAAAGCAAACCAAUGAUUUUGUUUGUGGCAUAAUCUGACCGGAAAUGUUUCAAUAAAUGGUUUUAAAAACAUAAAGUUCAAAGCAUGCCCUUUUUUUGGAAGUUUUUUCAAAUACUUGGAAAAUUCUGAAGCUAGCGCCAAAUAUAGGUAACUACGAAUAUUGACCUUACUUUUUGGAUUUGCUUCCUAACAUUUCUUUAACGUAGCAUUUUCUCCAAAAUCUGUCAAGGUCACUUUUCAUGAUCCGGAUAAUUUCAAAUGAUGUGUGUA